GAGAGAGAGACGCGCACCCUGAUUGAAGCGCACACACUGAUAUAUAUGUUUUUUUUUAUUAUUCGCUCCACCUCCUGAUGAUGGAUGAACAAUGGAGAAGAGGUCAGCCGAAAUUUCUGGCGAGCCUGCUCUGUUCCCACGCGCUGCAUCACUGUUGACGAUGCCCUCGCUGGUGGUGGUGUUGUUGUUGACGUGUGGGAGGCCAGGGACGGGCCUGAAGCGCCGCUAGAAAAGCGCACUCGUCUUGUCGCCGGUCUUCUUGUGCUCUCGGAUGCGCGCGGAGACAUGGUGACGCUCCCGGCUCUCGCGCACUACUGGCCCCUGGUGCGGUUCCUCAUCCCGCUGGCCAUCACCAACAUCGCCAUCGACCUCGGCGAGCAGGCUUUAAACAGAGGGAUCGCAACAGUCAAAAAGGAUGCUGUGGAAAUGCUGGCCAGUUACGGUCUGGCCUAUUCCCUGAUGAAGUUCUUCACUGGGCCUAUGAGCGAUUUCAAGAAUGUGGGAUUGGUGUUCGUCAACAGCAAACGCGACCGAACCAAAGCGGUCUUGUGCAUGGUCACUGCUGGGACUGUAGCCAUCAUCCUCCACACACUAAUAGCCUUCACAGACCUCGGCUACUACAUCAUCAACAAACUGCAUCAUGUGGACGACUCAGUGGGCAAUAAGACCAGGAAGGCUUUUCUCUACCUGGCUGCGUUUCCUCUUCUGGAUGCCAUGGCCUGGACCCAUGCUGGAAUCUUACUAAAGCACAAGCGCAGUUUCCUGGUUGGCUGCGCCUCGAUCUCUGACGUCGUAGCUCAGAUUGUUUUCGUGGCUAUCUUACUGCACAGUCAUCUGGAGUGUGUGGAGCCAUUGCUGAUUCCCAUCUUGUCUCUGUACAUGGGAGCUCUGGUGCGGUUCACCAUCGUUGGACUGGGCUACUACCGAAACAUUCACGACAACAUCCCGGACUCCAGCGGCCCUGAGGUUGGGGGAGAUGCCACGAUUAAAAAGAUGCUGAAUUUCUGGUGGCCUCUGGCCCUCAUAUUAGCCACACAGCGGAUCAGCAGACCCAUCGUCAACCUGUUUGUUUCCCGUGACCUGAAAGGCACCUCUGCAGCCACUGAGGCAGUUGCGGUUUUGACAGCCACAUAUCCUGUGGGCCACAUGCCAUAUGGCUGGCUGACUGAACUUCGUGUUAUCUACCCUGCCUUCGACAAGAACAACCCGAGCAAUAAAUUGGUCAACUGUGGCACGACGGUCACCAAGUCACAUAUCAAACGUUUCACGUUUGUCUGUAUGGCUCUGUCGAUAACACUCUGUUUCGUGGUUUUCUGGACACCACACAUCUCUGAGGGGAUCCUGGUGGACAUCAUCGGCGUGGACCAUGCCUUUGCUGAGCUCUGUGUUGCCCCAUUACGGAUCUUUUCUUUCUUUCCUAUACCAGUAACGGUGCGUGCUCACCUCACCGGCUGGCUGAUGACCCUGAAGAAAACCUUCGUCCUGGCUCCGAGUUCUGUCCUGCGGAUCAUCGUGCUCAUCACCAGCCUCAUCGUGCUGCCCUACAUGGGGGUGCAUGGAGCUACCCUAGGGGUUGGAUCUCUCUUAGCCGGCUUUCUUGGAGAGUCCACGAUGGUAGCGAUUGCGGCCUGCUACGUCUCCUGGAAACAGAAAAAAAAGAAAGAUUGCGAUGGGGAGGUCACCAUCGAGGGGGAGGACUCGGCCCCCAUGAACGAGGUGCGGUCCAGCCGCCGGAUAAACGACGUCGUCGAACUGAGAGAGGAGGACGAGGAAGAAGAGUGACCUUGAGCUUUCAUGAGACGUCAGCCUCAUACGCAAUCCUCCUGGUUAUGUUCAGUGCUCAUAGGAGAACGUGUUGAGGGGGGACCCAGGGAUCUUUCGCUUUGUAGGGCAGAGUUUUAAUUGCUUACUGCCCCUUGUUGCUGCUCUUUCCCCCUUUGCAAUGUGCACAUGGAGGAUGCUUGGAAAGGGAGCUGUAGUUAGAAAUCAUGACAGACA